UUUCCCUAAUUGUCAUUCAGCACCCCAUUUCACUCAAGAAACUGGUUCUUCACAGGGAACAUGUUAUUAUGACAGAUAGCAUUGCUUAAAACUUGCUGAUCCUCUCUUUUAAAAUGCAGACUGUAAGGAUCAAGACACUGUCUGGUGCAGGAAUGCUGCUUUUUGCUGCACUGUUCAUUUUUAGCCAGACUUCACAUGUGGGGUCCAUAGAAGUGACCCAUUGGGCAGAGGUCAUGAUUGAGGGGAAUAAAACCUUAGAUGUUGCAGCCAAUCUGCCUGGACUUAUAGGAACCAUUCUAGAUACAACAGGGGUGACUAUCACAAAUGCUGAAAUUGCGGCAGAGUGUGAAAUAAUUGGCCAAAAUACAACAUGCUGGUGUGGACCAGACUAUGUUUGGAGCAAUUUUGUGUGUGACUCUGUAAAUAAAUGCUGCAACGUGGAUAAAUGUGUGGCAAAUAUAUCAUACGUCACGCCUUUGUGUCUGCCCAAAGUGAAUGUUUCACUCAUUGGCAUGCUCACUGGUAGCUCCUCAACAGUCGUAACCAUGCUGCAGACCGCGUUUAGUGUGCUAAAUGCCUUCAACUCGUUGACUAUACAAGCCACCCUUCUCACAGGGUCAUUUACAUACGCUCACAAUUUCACAGUGUCUCUCAGUUCUGUGUUCGCCACCUCCAAAGUUCAAAGCAUAAUUGCUACAUUAUUGACGAAUCCAACCAUUUACAGUCUCAAUGUUAAGUCUCUAGGAAUGGUAUUCAUAGAGGCACCUAUUGGAAAACUGUGUUAUAAUUCAAGACAACAGCUCAAUUGUACCAGUAUAGAGGCUAUGAGCAAGUGUGUGUGGCAGAUGUCAAGAGGUGCAGAAGUGCCAUUGAUUCUGGGACCAGGGAGUGAAGUAAUGCUGUCAGAUACUUGUACAGAAACAUCAACAAUCACACUUAUGAAGACAAGUGGAUUCUGGUCAGGAACAUACGGCUGCCUUUUUGUCAGCGGGAACAUAGCUCACAUGGCCAUGGCACCUAUUCAAAUUGCACUGCUGCCAGAAGCCAUUAAUGUGACAAGCAAUCCACAAACUAUAGAUUGCUCUGAAGCACCAUCCGCCAAAGUUACCAUCUCAUGUUCCAUCGACAACAGUAGUGAAACCUACAUAUCCCGGUUAAAACUCGGAAGUAUAGAAAAUACUACACCAAUUAAAGAAGUGCGCAGUGGUAUAAUCAAGUAUACAGUAGACUUCACUGUUAAUUGUCUGGCAGAAGGCAAACCAAGUUCACUUGAGGCCAGUUGCACUUUAGAGAACACUUUGAAUCAGCUGCGAAAUCACUCAAUAAAAAUACCAAUCAUUUACCCCAGUGACCUGUUUUGUGCAGUGGACGUAAUUGAAGAGAGAACAUGGCCAAAAACAAAGAAUAAUGAAACAGCUGUUAUAGACUGUACUGCAUCAGGGAGACAGGGCACAAUGAAACGCAAAUGCAAUGGGAAAACAUGGGGUGAAGAAGUCUCUCUGUGUGUUAAAGCAGUCCUGAAUAAUGUAGCUUUGCAAGCAAAGGAUUUUGAAAAAGGACUUGGAGCAACACAAGAGGUCGCUCAGUUAAUCUUUCAGAGUUUGAAAAACAACACAUCCGAAGAUUCCGAUAACAGUUUUGGUGAUGUCAAAACUGCAGUUAAUGUUUUCCUAACUAUGAAACAGGCAUCAGUAAACAUGCCACUAGGCGAGAACCUUAUUCCAGAUUUCAUCGAAUCAGCCAGCAGCAUGUUGAACGUAACCUGGGAUGGGGGAGAUGAGGAAGAGAGCGCUUCACUGGCCACACAAUAUCUGUCAUCCGUAGAAGGCCUUGUAAACAGCAUCAGAAUAAACAACAGUGAGGGCUACAACUCCUCAAACAUUCAGCUUCAGAUCUGCCGAAGCGGCACCACUUGCAACAAAACCGUUUUCAACGUGGACGUUGAGCUGAACGCAACAGCAGAAAUGGUGAAAACAGUAGGAUUACAGAGCUUGGCCAACCGCUUGCCAAAAUUGGGUUAUGAGGACUCAUUGUUUCCUAGCAUAGUCGUAUCCAGCACAGUUGUGAACAGCACUCACCCUUCGGUGAACAUCAGACUGGCUUUUCCAAAUGAUGAGGGCGGCAGUGCCACGAUGCAAUGUGUGUUUUGGAACGUCUCGGAGGAGAGAUGGUCAGACGAAGGUUGCGAUUACGUUCAAGGUCCCGGGAACACCGCCUACUGUGAAUGCAACCAUCUCACCUCCUUCUCCAUGCUCAUGUCCAAGCAUUCAGUAAGCAUGCCUUUUCUAGAUCAGCUCACAUACAUCGGACUGGGAGUCUCCAUAUGCUCUCUCAUCGUCUAUAUCAUCAUCGAGUGUUUGGUCUGGAGCGCCGUAGUUAAAUCCAGCCUCUCUCACUUCCGGCACACUUCACUCCUCAACAUCUCUCUGUGUCUGCUUUUGGCCGACUGCAGCUUCUUAGCUUCCUCUUUCCCAUCAAUCCUAAAUGAUACCACGUGCCUUGUUUUGGUGGUGGCUAAGCAUUACUUCUUCCUGGCGAUGUUCUUUUGGAUGCUGUGUCUGAGUGUCAUGUUGGUCCACCAGCUCAUUUUCGUCUUCAGCCACAUUGGGAAAAAGAUUUACAUGAUCAUCGGAUUCACCAUUGGCUAUGUUUGUCCAACAGUGACUGUGGCGGUAACAUACGUGUACUACGAUCAAGCAACUGACAUCCCGUAUUACAGCUCGAAAACAUGCUGGCUUACCUAUCAGUCAGCCAUGCAGGGAUCCAUUCACGCAUUUCUCUUUCCAGUUGGGACCAUAGUGCUGGUGAACUUGGCUUCCAUGGUGGUGGUCAUUGCAACGGUUUUAAAGCCGUCUGGAGCUGAGACCAACAAAAAGGGGGACAAAGAUGCAGCAAAAAGCAUAAUCAAAGUGAUUAUGUUUCUCACUCCUGUUUUUGGUGGGACUUGGAUUCUGGGGAUUUUGGUGUUUCUGAUGGACGACUUUACACAGUUUAUUACAUACAUAGUGCAUUACGCGUUCACCAUAGUCAACUCCCUGCAGGGCUUCUUCAUCUUGUUGACAGGAUGUUUUGCAGAAAAAAGGGUCCGAGAUGAAAUAUUAAAAAAAGUUCUGGGGAAAUCUGGAAAAGAACAAGCAACAGCAACAUCCGUCGCAAAAUAAAUGAUCCACACAAAUGGAUGCACACAAG